AUGGAAGAAAUCGGGAAAACCGUUAACUAUGUUAAUGAUCAAGAUGAAUCGGCGGUAGAUCCGAAUAUAGUAACCGAAUUCGUUCAAGCAAAUGUUGCAAGAAAUAAAUUGAUCAUAGCAAAGCAGGCAGAAAUAACAGCUUGGUGUUUAUUCUCCGAAAGGUUCGAAGAUAAAGUCGUGGAGCUUAGAUCUAAUGAUAAGAAACUUACGAAACCAUACCUUACGGGCGUUUCCGAUGGAUAUUUACGUGUAAUGACCUGUAAAGGUAUAUGGUUUAAUCGGGUCACCUGUAGUGCUGACAAAAUUUCAAGAUUCACUAACCCUCAAAUCGAAUUCAUUAUAGAACAAGUCAAAUCGAAAACUAGUGAUCACCAGAGUCGUGUGAAUGAGAUCGUGGCUACUACUUCAGCCCACGACUCAGAUGAUAAUUUUAGUGACACAUCAGAUGAUACAGAUUAUUUUAAGGAAGAAGAAGGAGCGAAUGAUUCGAUUGAAGAGGGUUCUAAAGCAGACGAUGAUGACGAUGUGUAUUUUCAUUCCGAAGAUGAGGAAGAGAAAGGAACGAAUGAAGAGGUGCCAAAUAUGGCAGAUGAUGAUAGUGAUUGUAGCCACGACAAUGAUUCCGACGAUGAUGAUGGAUAUAAUAGAUACGAUGGAUACGGAGGAUAUGAUAGUGAUAGAGGUUAUUAUUAUCGUGAUGGAAGAUACGAAAGAAAAACCUCACCAAUGAUGAGUCCUAUUAUCUCUCCGGUAACAGCCUAA